AUGAAGUUCCUCUCAGUCGCCGCCCCAGUCCUCCUGGCCACCAGCGUUUCCGCACGAUCGACCUUCUUCAGCAGCUCAGAUGUGGCGCCACUGGACGAUACGUACGCAGUGCCUGGCGAUAACCCACUGAAGCACUGUGCCGACCCCGAAGACGACAUCCUAGCCUUGAAGAAGGUCGACCUAGAUCCCAACCCACCAUCAGCCGGCACAACACUGAACAUCGUUGCCAGCGGAGUCCUUAGCGAAGACGUCGAGGAGGGUGCCUACGUACAGCUGCAGGUCAAGUUCGGUCUUAUCAGGAUCAUCAACACCAAGGCCGACCUUUGCGACAGCAUCAAGAACGUCGAUCUCGAAUGCCCGCUCAAGAAGGGUGAUCUCAAGCUCGAGAAGUCGGUGGACCUGCCCAAGGAGAUCCCUAACGGCAAAUACACUGUUCUGGCCGAUGUAUACACCAAGGACGACGAGAAGAUUACCUGCUUGACCGCUGAGGUGCAGUUCAAGAAGACUGGUGGCUCUUCGUUCUUCAAGCAGGGUUUGUAA